AUGCAAACAUUUUUCUUUCAAAUUAAGUUUUCUUUGUAUUUAUUUUUGUUUCUUUCUUUCUUCUACAUUACGUUUUCAUAUUUCUCCCCGGUCUAUCUCUUUGUUCCCUUCUUACUUUCUUUUUUCGUCUUUUGUGUUCCCUUUCUUUCUUUCUUUCUUUCUUUCUUUCUUUAUUUCUUUCUUUCUUUCUUUCUUUCUUUUCCUAUUUUAAAGUUUUAUUUAUUUUCUUCUUUCUUUUUCACUCUAUUUAUGACUUUUCUCUUUUUAAAAUUGCUGACAUUGUUUAAUUCUUUCUCUUUUCUUUUCAAGACUCAUUCUUACCUUUGUUUCUUUCCACUUUUUUUUACGCCUUCUUUCUUAAACAUUUAUCAUUCUUUCUUUCUUUCUUUCUUUCUUUCUUUCUUCUUUCUUUCUUUCUUCUCAUCAUUAACUUCUCUUUCUUUUUUUAUUUUUUUCUUUCCUCCUAAUUUAUUUCUUUCAUCUGUUGUUUUUCUUUUUCUUUCUUUAUUUUUUCUCUCUAUUUUCAUUCCGACUAUUUCCCCUCCCGCCGUCAUUGGAAUGUCAAAAGGAAGUGCCCUUCAUCUUGCUACCUCUACCAGGGAGUUCUAUAUUUACCAGGAUCUCAUAAUAUCGGUUGUGUCGAUUCUAAACGAAAACCAUGCUUCUCUUCUUUUUUUACCCACAUCAGCCUUUCCCACCCCCGCUGAAACCUUCAUACACCACCUUCUCACCCUCUUGAAACCAAUAUCAUUUUAUCAGCUACAAAUCCACGUCUCUCGUUCAAUUUAUUAUCUUUUCUUUGCGUAUUCAUACUUUCUUUCUUUUUUCUUUCUUUUUGUCAUAUUGCCAUUUCAUUUAUUUUCAAUUCUUUCUUUCUUUCUUUCCAUCUUAAUUCCUGUUCCUUUCUUUAUAAUCAACAUAUUUUUGUUUCUUUCUUGCUUGAUUUCACUCUGUGUCAAAAUCUAUUCUUUCUUUCUUUCUUUCUUUCUUUCUUUCUUUCUUUCUUUAAUUCCUGUUCCUUUCUUUAUAAUCAACAUAUUUUUGUUUCUUUUUUGCUUGAUUUCACUGUGUCAAAAUCUAUUCUUUCUUUCUUUCUUUCUUUCUUUCUUUCUUUCUUUCUUUCUUUCUGCUUCCUGCUUUUCUUCUUUCAUUCAUUCACAACUUUUUUCUCGUCUCCUCAUAUUCUUUCUUUCUUUCUUUCUUUCUUUCUUAUGUACACAAUUUUCUUUCUUUCUUUUCAAAAUCUCUUCAUUCAUUAAUUCAUUUAUGUUCAUUUCUUGGUAA